AUGGCAGUGGAAGUUGUCUCCUUAACCGAGGCAGAUAUUCCAGGUGCUAUCCAGGUGAUUCAGCAAGCCUUUGCCGAUGACCCAUAUUUCAAGUGGGUUUUUGAUGCGCGCUCGUUCAACACGCAAAGAAACUAUGGCUCCCUGGCCGCCCGCUGCCGUUGGGGCAUAAACAACGCCAUAUUCCAAGUCGCCAAAGAUACCAGCGCCGCCUCGCCGGCCAUUCUCGGCGUCUCAUGCUGGCUAGCGCCGCACCCACCGACCCAGCCUGCAAGCUGGUACUCGUGGUAUCAGUCGUGGGUGCUAUCGUUCCAGCAACUGUUCAACAACAUUCGGUACCGCGGGCACGGCGGGCUGCGCACGCAUCGGUACUGGAUCUGGAAAGAACGACAGCAGGAGGCGCAGGCGCAAAUUUGGGAUGAUCCGCGCGGCUAUUACUUUUGUAAUAUUGUGGCUGUGAGUCCUGAGGCGCAGGGGAAGGGGGUGGGGAGGAUGCUUUUUGAGGCAGUUACGAAGCGUGCGGAUGCGGAGGGCGUCAAGUGUUAUCUUGAAAGCUCGAAAUCUGUUCCCAAUGUGCAGAUAUAUGAGCGCAUGGGCUUUGAGAUGAGGAAGGAGAUGGAGUGUAGGGAUGGGGAGGAUGCUUGCAUGCUAUAUUGCAUGGUGCGCAAUCCGAAGACCGAGUAA